AUGCCCGAGGAAGCUAUCCCCACCGUUGUUGCCGAGCCAGCUGCCACUGCUACAGCUGAAAAAUCCGAUUCCACCAAGUCCAAUGUUGACGAAGGUGACGAAUCUGUUUACAAGCGUGGCCAACAGAACAAGUGGGCUCGUACGCGUAAGGGCGAUAAAAGGGAUGAGGAUACUAAACGUCCAAGAAAGGAAUGGCAAAGAGAACAUAAAGUACAGGAAUUCACUCAAAGAUUAGAUGAGAAUGGGAACCCGCUUCCAAAAUCAGAGAGACGUCCAAAGAAGAAGGUUGCUUGUAUGAUCGGAUACUGUGGUACUGGGUACAACGGUAUGCAAAUUCAAAAUCCCAACCCCGAUGUGAAAACUAUCGAGGGGGACUUGUUCAAGGCCUUUGUUGCUGCUGGUGCUAUCUCCAAGGACAACGCCGACGACUUGAAGAAAAAUGGGUUCAUGAGAGCUGCCAGAACGGACAAGGGUGUACAUGCUGCCGGGAACGUUGUCUCUGCUAAGUUGAUCAUCGAAGAUGAUGAUGUAUUGGAGAAGAUCAAUGCAGAAUUGCCAGACCAAAUUCGUGUAUGGGGUAUAGAAAGAACCAACAAGUCAUUCGACUGUAGGAAAAUGUGCUCUCUGAGAAUUUAUGAGUACUUGUUGCCCACUUAUACCUUGUUACCUCCAAAGCCUAAGACCAUUUUAUCUGAAUUGAUAAGAAAGGCAAAGGAAGAGCACCCUGAUGUCAUAAGAUCUGAUGAAGAAGGUAAUACAUGGUGGGAAGAGACCCACAAAUACCUUUUAGACAAUGGGAUUACUGAAGAAGAUUUAGCUAAGGCGCAGCUGGUAUUGGAAGCCCAAAACCCAAACAAUAACUUAGAUCAGGACGGCAAGGUUAUUGAGAGACCUGAGCUUGUAGGAUUGGACUCACUCAAAGCUUAUGACUCAGAGGGAAACAUCACCGAAGCUGGAAAGCUCAUCAAAUCGGUAAAGCAGUUAGAGAACAAAAGAAGAAGACUGUACCAUGUUUCCACAGAAAGAUUGAACCUCUUUAGAGAAGCAAUGAAACAGUACGAGGGGUCUAAUAACUUCCAUAACUUUACCUUAGGAAAGACAUUUAAAGACCCAUCUGCCAGAAGAUUCAUGAAGCUCACCACAGUCAGCGACCCUUUUGUUAUUGAAGGUACUGAAUGGGUUUCGAUCAAGAUCCACGGUCAGUCGUUCAUGUUGCAUCAAAUCCGUAAAAUGAUUGCAAUGGCAGUUCUUGUCGUUAGAACUGGUUGCCCAUUGACCAGAAUUACCGAUGCCUUUGGCCCUACCAAGAUCAAUAUUCCAAAAGCUCCUGCUCUUGGAUUAUUGUUGGAAGCCCCAGUCUACGAGGGCUACAACUCCCAAUUAGAAAAAUUCGGCUAUAAUCACAUUGACUUCUCCAAGUACCAAAAGGAGAUGGAUGCCUUUAAGAUGAAAUACAUCUACGACAAGAUCUACGGUGAAGAGGUCAAGGAGAACGUAUUCUACGGAUUCUUUGGCUUUAUCGAUACUUUCAAGGGUAACGGUGAUACCAAGGAAGGUAGACACAUCUUCGACUUUUUAGGUGCUGUCUUCGAAAGCGAAUCAUUGAAGUCAAAGGGUGAGAGAAAACAGAGGGAGCCUAGUGCUGCGCCUCAAGAGAACGUUGACUAA